UUUCCUACUCCUCCACCCAACAUGUUCACGACGCUCCAGCCUCCGCAUGGACUUCUUCAGUUUUGCCGAGUAAUGGUGGUCGUGAUCACUCUUUUCAGUUCUGCUACUUUGGUUGUCUCAUAUCAGUUACAUCCAGACGAAGUGACGGCGUUAAGACAAAUUGGCAAGACACUGACACCGGGUGGGCAACCCUUCGAGGUGGGCGAUGCUUGCAACCAACCAGGAACUCUGCACGAUAUGAAUCUGUCGAAAGAUUCAGAAGCCAGUAGCACCGUCAUGUGCAAUUGCACCCUCAACCUCAAUAAUGAUGGUUAUUGUCAUAUCACGUCACUAUAUCUAAAAACGCUCAGUUUUUCAGGCGAGCUCCCGCCUGAAAUGGCCAACCUUACAUAUCUUGAAAUUAUUGACCUAACUCGCAACUACAUUUCUGGCAAUAUUCCUGAGGAAUGGGCUUCAAUGAAACAUUUGACAGAACUCUCACUUACAUCCAAUCGCUUGUCAGGAAAUAUUCCUGGGUACUUGGGAAGUUUUCCUAGCCUGAGUUACUUGUCCCUUGAAGCAAAUCAGUUUUCUGGUACUAUUCCUUCUCAGCUUGGUGAUCUUGUCAACUUAACAGGCCUGGUACUUUCCUCCAAUCUGUUGGAGGGAACCUUGCCAGAGACUCUCGCUAAGCUAAACUUGACUAAUUUUCGUGCAAGUGAUCAUAAUAAUCUUAGUGGCAUAAUACCUGAUUUCAUUGGGAACUGGAGGAAUCUUGUUAGACUUGAAUUAUACGCAAGUGGACUCCAAGGGCCCAUACCUCGUGCCAUUCUUUCUUUAGAGAAGUUGACAGACUUGAGGAUCACUGAUAUGUCUGGACCAGAGUUUAAUUUAACCAGCAUCCCCCCCAGAGUGAAUAGAUUGGUUUUGCGAAACAUCAAUUUAACUGGAGUGAUCCCAAGAGAUGUGUGGACAUCGGGUUCUCUGAAAGUGCUGUAAGUCUUAACACCUUCACUCAUCACCUUAUAUGUGCUGUAAUGUGAUAGAAGUUAAAAACAUGAAUAUAUUUUAAUAACACCGCAAAAUUUGCCUCACUACCGGGUUAUGAUCUCCAUGUACUGUAUGGGAAGCAAAACUUCUACGGAAAUCCUCUCAUAACUUGCUCAAAGGUGAGAAACAAGCAGAAAUCUAUUCGUCGGGAUAUGUUAUUGAUGGGUUUGAAAUUCUAAUACACUAACCAUCUACUACGAGACAUAUGGCAUUAAUUCUCAUAGCAGGAAGUUUGAGAGAGCUCCAUAUGACUAGACUCUCUAUCCUAACCAAAUGCUCUUCUGGACUAUUGCCAGCCACCAUGACCAACAGUCCUGUGAUCAUUUUCCCCCCCUUUUGAUAAUUGCCUGUG